AUGAGUAGCAAUAACCUGAUACCAACUAAUAAUAAUAUGGGUCAUGAAAGUGGGGCUUUGGGCCCAUUCAAUACCUGGUUAUUCCUGGAAGAAGCAUUUCUAAAGAAAUGUCCGAGUAGAAAGCAGCUCACAGUUACACAAGAAUUAAAGACGAGAGAAGCAAUUCAUGAUUUUUUGAUACGAUUGGGGAUGUCUCUAAAACUAGAAGGAAAAUCAAUAUUAGCUGCUGCAAUAUAUGUGGCAAGAUUUUAUAUGAGAUUUCCCAUUACAUCUUCCAAAUACUUUGUUGCGAGUUCGGCCAUGGGGAUAUCAUGCAAACUUUAUGAUAACUAUCGACCACUUGAUAAAAUUGCUUUAGUUGCAUGUGGCAUCAAGAACCCCAACAAGACGAUAGACGAACAGAGUGAAGUAUUUUGGCAGUGGAGGGAUCAGCUCCUUUAUAGGGAGGAGCUAAUACUAAGACACUUAAAUUUUGAUCUUGAUAUACAGUUACCUUAUACAAUCAAGGAUGAUUUAAUGGAAAAAUUGGAACCCGACGAAACUAUCUUUUAUAAGAAAAUAGGUGAUAUUCUUCGCAAUACUAUUUCUUUGAUUGAGCUUCUCUCAUCACUUCCAAUUUUGGUUGCCUAUGACAUGAGGGCAGUUUUUGGUUCCAUGUUGGUAUACGUCGUAUAUGAAAUAAGAGAAAAAUUUGAAGAGAUUGUGACAAUACCCCAAAAUUUCUUAGAGUCAAAGCUUAGGGUGGACCUGCGUCUUUGUUACCGCUGUUAUAAGUACGUGAUGACCUUGUUAAGCUUUUGUGAUAAUCCAGAUCCUCGUCUCCACAGCCAUAAGAAUGCAUUAAAAAGAAUGAAACAUAUAGAUUUGGACACGUUUAUAAGUGUCGCCAACACCGUUUCAUAA